UUUUAAUGAUUAAGGGACACACUUCCGUUGUAAACAAGCAUGGCGACCAUUCAAGUUUUGUGUCCGAAUGGACGACGUCAAAAUGUGAAAACGACGCCUAAUACGAAGCUUUUACAGAUUUUGGAAGAUGUCUGUCAAAAGCAAGGGUUCCUGCCUCCUGAUGAUUAUGGAUUUGUUCAUGGUAACAGUAAGAAGCAGCUUGACUUGAGUCUGUCAAUGCGCUAUGCCAACUUGGCUAACAAUGCCAAACUGGAACUGGUCAAGUCGCAAACCAGUCGUGCCAUACAGGAUAUUACCAUCGCUCUUCAACUGGAAAGUGGCACACGUUUGCAGGGAAAGUUCCCCCCGCAGACCUCGCUUUGGGACAUACUUGUCCACUGGGAAGAAAAAACAGACAGUACCUGUAAAGGUGAGCUGACAAAGGUAGAUGUUACACACAAUCCUCCGAUCCAGCCUGUCUGUAUCUAUAUGAGAGAGGAGGUGAUUGGAGAAAUGGCUUUGAAUGCAACUUCUUUACGGAAGCUUGGUUUAACAAGUGGGAAUGCUGUGAUCAGGUUGACACACAGAGCUGUAGAUGAGAGCAUGAUGACAGAUAUUGUGAAUCAAUUGGAAAAGGAGAAAGCAAAGAAAGCCAAACUUGAACAGAUGACCAAUAAACAAAUAGAGCCAGAAAAAGAGACAAACAAGAUGCCAGAACCGACUGCUAAUAUUCCACAGCCUGGCAUACAAAACAUUCAUAAAGGCAAUACUGACAUUGUAGCAAAUAAAUUUGAUUCCGAGGUAAAAACAUCUAAAACAGACUCUAAUAGGAGUGUUGUAAACGAAUCUCCUGAACCAAUGGAGAUAGAUCAGAAUUCAUCUAAAUCGUCUGUUUCCACGGAAACAUCUGCCAUGGAGAUAGAGUCCGGGGCUACAGGAGUAGCAAGAGGUCAAAGUUCAGAAAGUGGGGUUCAUAUGACAAUGAGUGGAGUUCAGACUUCAACUGGAUCAUCAAGAGGAGGACAAGGUGCCUCAGGAUCAAAGAGUGCAAUUGAGUCAUUGCGAGAGAUGAAUAUCCCCGGAGUGGAGGUUUUCACACCACAAGAUUUCCUUAAUUUGUCCCCAGAUGAACAGAGGAUAGCUAAAAGAUUAGCAGCUGCAUAUGCUAAGCGGAAUGACCCAAAGAUCAAACAAGCUCCAUUCGCAGAUUUUAAAUUUCCUGAAGAAACAAAAGGAAAAGAUAUAUACCACAAUGAGCUGAGCUCUGUUACAAAGGAAGAUUUCCAGCCAUGUGACAGGGAAAUGGUGCUUUUCAGUGCUGAGGAACCAAUCAGCUCCCCAGUGGCAACUUCCUCUCAAGCACUAUCAGAUGAAUUCUUUGAAGUCACAGAAAAAGAUGUGAGGAAAAUGAUGAUUGACCUGCAAAAGCAAACUGAGAAUGACCAGAUGCUGAUAACACAAUCAAUGCGUGAACUUAAACGGGAGGAAAAGUACAGUAAAUACCAGCGAGUGGUCAUAAGGGUCCAGUUUCCAGAUAAAUUGGUAUUACAGGGUCUGUUCAAGCCUAAGGAGACAGUGUUUCAAGUCCACAAGUUUGUAAAAAGCCUACUUGAAGACCAGAAAACACCAUUUUAUUUGUAUACCUCACCACCAAAGUGUGUGCUGAAGGAUCAGUCUAAAACCCUUAUAUUGGCUAAUCUGGUGCCAGCUACGUUAAUGUAUUUCGGAUCCGAAGUUUCAAAAGAACACUAUUUAUCAGCCAAGCUGAUGGAGGGAAUGGAGUCAAGAAAAGUUGCAGAUGACAAAUUAAAUACAUGCCUUCCUAGCAGUGCAAAUCCACAGGGAUCAGAACCAGUCAGUGGUCCAAGUGGGGCCUCAGCAGGGACAUCAUCAGGGGCCUCAGGGGGUGCACCUCGGGAUAGGCCGCGUCCAAAACAGAACAUACAGCCAUCCAGUGGUGGUAAAGAGCCCGGUGUCCCCAAAUGGUUCAAAUCAGGCAAGAAGUAAUUGUAUUGCUGUUCCCUGAUGAUGAAGUCUUAAGUCAAUCUGCUUUGGAAAUUCUCCUUAUUUUCAUCAGAAUAACUGUGGAAACAUGAAGCGACAUGUCCAGGAUGAACAGCCGUUUCUGAGUUUAUUGGUACCAUAUUUUGUCUCACUAGACAGAUAAUUGACAAAUUUUUAUGUCUAAAAAGAUCAUUAACAGCAAUAUGUUUUACAUAUAUUAGCCAGCAAUGGUAGGUUUAUUAAGGUAUGUGUAGCAUGAAGAGUAAGACAAUUAAAUUUCAAAAGAUAUAAAUGUAAAACCUUGUAAACUAACAACUGUAUCUAGCUCUGAUCCAUUCUCCUCGAACCAUUUCUCCUUGUUCAGACUAAAUUCCAAGGACAGUCGCUGGUAACUGUCUUAUUAGAAAUGAUCAUAUGCUGUUAGGGUAGGAGUAGUGUCCAUGUGUAUAGGAUCCGGGCCAAAAAGGUACAUUUUCAAUUUCUCAUUUUUUUAAAUAUUUUUUUGUGUCAUAAGAAAAUCCUUUAAAUGGAAAUAGAUUGCAUUAAAUCUGUUGGCUGGUAGUAAAUUAUGCAAUGAACCAAAGUCACUUUGUAAGUUCUGCCAAUAAGAUUUGAACCUGCAACUACAGUUCAUAUAGGUAACAUGUUCAUUUUCCUACUUAUUGGACCUGAUAGCUGUUAGGGAAUUUCUCUAUUGUAGUUCCAAUAAUAUGUCAUUAAAGGUUUACCACUGUAAAUUGUUAUAGAAUACAGUGUAUAAAGCUGCAAGGAAAUUAUAAAAGUUAAUAGUGAUCUGGCUGUCUGUUGGGAUCCAUACUUGCCGAUUGUGGUUCUCAGAUGAUUCUGUGCUUAAAGUAGUUUGUGAGACAUGAUACUGUCCAUUACAUUAUACAAUAUGGUUGUAAUCUUUUUUGGCCAAUUGAAAAUGGUUUGCAAACAGUUUCAUUAUCUCUCAUACCUCCAAACUAUGCUAUAAUAUUACCAAGUGCUAUCAACAUUGACUUUGUGAUUCUUAUUGCUUCCAAGAAAGGCAGCCUCAAUCUGUAUCAUGAAGAAACACAUAUUUUUUCACAAAUGAAAUAUUGAUAAGUAAAUUUGCUGAAUUUUUUGUUCAAAAUUGAAAUAAAAUAAUCUGCUGUGUAGA